UUGUGUGAAAUACAGCUGAAAAAUGAAGAGUGUGCAUUCAAUGAGGAAUCUAUACAGCACCUAGAAGAUGCUAUUGAAGCUAUUAAGAAACUGGUAACCUACAGCCAAGAAGAAAAAUUAAGAAGACAUGCCUUUGAACUUCUAGAAGAGGAGACCAUCAAAAAUAGUAAUCUCCGUGUAAAAUUCCAGAAUAUUCCAGAAAUACUUAUCAAGGAGAUGGAAGCUCUGGUUGUUGCGGCUCAUGAAUCGAGUGCUGCUCAGAUAAAUCAAUUGCAGACAGCACUGAAAAACAUCGCAUGUGAAAUCGAAUCACUGAAUCAGAAGCAAAUCCUUUGUGAAACCCAGAAUGCUGCUCGGUGUACGGAGCAAAAGCGGUUGUGGGUCAAGCAUGAAGAAGCUGUAGACUUACUGAACCAGCAGAUGGCACAGAAAGCUAACACAAAUAUACUUUUAAAUGAGUUUUGCAACAAAAGAAGGGAUGCAGAACAACAAAUAAUCAGUGUAAAGAAAGCAGUGCAAGAAAUGAAAGAUGUUCAAGCUAAAGACAGAAAAACAUUUGAUGCUGAAAAAAAAAUUUGGGCUAGAAAGAAUGCAGACAUGAAAACAAAACUUGAUCUUCAGAAGGCAAACACUUCAGGGAAAAAGGAUGAAUUUGAAAAAUUAUCCACAAAGCUAUCAGAUAUCCAACGUGAGAUAGCACAAAAUAGAGCGACUAUUUUUAAUGAGAAGGUUCAGAUAGCGCAGCUAAAAGAAACAAGCGAAAACCUGCUAGUAGAAUUAGAACUUAAAAUGGCGGAAAAGCUGAAACUCGAUGAAAGGAAACAUAACAUGGAUUCUGAUCUAUUCCUUUUGCAAUCAAAAAUUGCCCAAGAAAGAGAGACUCUAAAUAUUCAGAUAGAAAAGGCUAAGGAAGAAUUAAGUGUAGCUGAAAGCGUGAAUAGAAAAUUUAAACAUGAAAAUACAUUUAUAAGUAGCCAGUAUCAGCAGUUACUGGCAGAAGAGGAACACGUACAUGCUAAAAAGGAUGAGGCAGCAGCAGAACUUGAAAGAUUAUACAGAUGUCUGGAUGAAAGACUCGACAUUCUGGCAAAGCGUGUGUUGGAGGAACAAAAUUUGGAGGAAGAAAUUGAGAAACUUGACGAAGUCUUUCUAAAUACUAAGGAAGCCUAUGCAAGAGAACUAGAGACUCUAGAACAGUGUUUAAAGAGAGAAAGUGAGAUGAGAGCUUUGCUCCAGUGGAAACAACUUCACCUAGCAAAGAAGAAAGAACUCUUGUGCUCAACAGAGGAGAAAUUCUUGAAUGAAAUGAAUGCAAGAUUUGAGAUUGGUAAAAAACGAUAUGCUGAGCUAACUAUAGAGAAUGAGUAUUUCCAAAAAGAAAUUUUGCAGGCUGAAGAAAGGGUCAAACACCUUUGUGAUAAUAUAAAUAAAACAAAAACUGAAUGCGAACAGUAUGAAAAUAUUUUAUCAGAAGACAUGCAAUGGUUUGAGGAUGAUGUCAAAGGUACGACUGAUGAAAUAUAUCAAAAAGAACAACAACUACUGCUGAGCCUCCCUCUCAUAGAAGAAAAACGUAAAGAAUUAGAAGAGAAGCAUGAAAAAUAUGAAGAGUUGAAAAAAAUUGUCUCAGAACUAAAAGAUGAAGAGACAAGACUGAUAAAAUCCAUUGAACAGUCGGUCAAGAUGACUGGUAAACUAAAGAAGAUUAUGGCUGAUCUGAAGAAUGAAUUAAAACAAAAGCGUGAGUUGGCAUAUGAGCAGUUGAGCGAUCAUACGGAAAUGCUGAAGUUGCUGGAGAGGGACAUCUAUGAGGUUGACAGGAAGCUUGACAUUUUGAACUCAGAAAACAGCAGACUGAAAUUAUGCAAUGCACAGAUGAAAGCUGAUAUUUUGACAAUGAGCCAUGAAGCCCAAACCUACAAAUCAACAACAGUAAAAAUUCUAAGUGAUCUGACGGUCCUUCAUCAGCUUCUUCUGGAGGGAUGGACAGAGGACAGUUGCAUUCAAAAGGAAUUUGUGGAGAAUGAGAAGGAAAUCCUGUCUGCCAUAGCUGACCUUAUAAAGAAACUUCAUCAGAGAGAGAAAAAGAUUCACUGUAUUAACAACAGGCUGCAAAAUAACUUUGAUGGACUGGAUUCUUUGUUAGAAAGUAAAUCCAGCAUGGAAGCCAAUGUUUCUGAAGGAUAGAAUAUUGGAGUAAAAAAGGAAAAGGGAGAUGGUAAUUGCAAGUAAGGGGGUGACAGAAGCCAGGCACUGCACCAGAAAGCCACAUCUUUAUUUUGCUACUUUAUUCAAGGAGAUUCUAAUACUGUGUUGUGAAAUAAAUAAGGUACAAAACAAAAC